CUGCGUCGCUUCCUCCGCAGGUGAUGUGAAGCGCACCCCCCGUGACAGCACCUAGUGUGAUGUCGGGCAUAGGAUCGGCCGCCUCGUCCAAAGCUACGAGCAGGACGCUCACUAUGGCCGACCUAUGCUCCAACAUCACCUUUUCCCCAGGAAAGGCCACUGGGACGAUAGCCAUCUUCUCGCUCGCCGCUACCUCAGCAAACGUCCCCCCACCCUCGUUCGCUUGUGGUCGCCAGCGAGCAGAGAAGAGUCGCCACUGGCCCCCAGUGACCUCUUGUUAGGCUGCCUCCCCGCCCCACUAGUGGAGGGUCCGGCCCCCACUUGCGCGUCCCUAUUCUCCCGCGCCUUCGCACGCCUCUUCUUCCUCCUGGUUGGGGCUACUCCUCCACCCGACUGCGCAUCCGCACCCUGGGGUGCAGUAGCGUCGUCUAUGGCGCCCGGAGCCGCCCCACCAGAAUUUGGAAGCGGUGCGUCCCUCCCGCAGUUGGCCGUUGCUCCGCGGCCAAUCCCCCCAGCACCAGCGCUAGACGCUUCGCCCCCGUCCUUGCGGACGUCCACGUGUUGCCGCUGCCAACGCUCGUGGAUCUGUCACAGACAGCCCCACUAUUCGCUGGUGCAGCAACCUUUGCGCUAUGCGCCUUCGCCUCAUCCCGUACGGGUACGGCGUCCCCUCCCCCGUCGUUAUAGAACCAGGCAGUUAACAGGCAGUAACCUCGGGAAGGAGCACAACCAGUUUUGCCUCGGGGAUCUCUGCAACCUGUGCUACUCCCGAGACCAUCCACCAUGCCAGCUACCGGACAGGUAG